UCAGAUAAUAAAAAUGAUGAUUUUUUUGACUAUUUUAAUGAUUUGAUCCAAAGCAAUAAAAUAUCAGAUUUACAUGCAAUUGCUAUAGCAGCAAAUACUAUAGCUGAUUUUAAUACUAUAGAAAUCUGUGAUGAUAAUAAUGAGAAUGAUUUAAGAGAUGCAUAUUUUGAGUUAACUAUUUUAUUAUCAGAUGCAAAAUUUUCAAACAAUUAUGAUUUAGAUACAUGUAAAAACUUUUAUACUGGCAUUACUAAAGCAGGAACUUUAGAUAUUUUAUACUUAGUUAAUUUACGAAAAAAUCAUAAAUGUUAUAAUAACCAGGAUAUGAAGUGA